AUGUCCGAGCGAGAGUAUGACAUUUUAAUCAUUGGUGCUACAGGAUACACUGGCCAACUCGUGAUUGAGUAUCUUGCGAACCAUUCACGCGCCUCUUCGCUUCGUAUUGCACUUGGUGGUCGUACGAUCUCCAAAGUUCAGGAGCUUGCAGCCAAGUACAAGAAUGUUAGGGCUGUAUAUGUCGACGUAAGCAAUCAGGAGCUUGCAGCCAAGUACAAGAAUGUUAGGGCUGUAUAUGUCGACGUAAGCAAAGAGCCAAGUGUGGAAGAGGCAGUCGCCAAGACUCGGGUGGUUAUAAAUAUUGCUGGGCCAUAUUGGACGAGGGGCUCUGUGGUCGUCAAGGCUUGUGCGAGGAACGGUGCACAUUAUGUGGACUUGACUGGGGAAGCACCAUGGGUUGCAAAGAUUAUUGAACAGUACGAUUAUCUUGCACACAAGAACAAGGCAUGCAUUCCUUGCUCGGGGUAUGAUUCGAUUCCAUCCGACCUUGCGGCCCAUCUUGCGCUUCGGACAUUGGAAAAGCAGUUGGGCGGAAGGAUACCCCUGCAUAUCAGCUCAACUGCUGCACAUACAGGGAAUGGGGGAGUAUCUGGAGGAACUGCGGCGUCACUUAUGAGUGCUUUUGAAGAAGUCCCCAGGGAACAGAUGGCCAAAGGUCUUGGCUGGGAGCUGAGUCCUAGUGCUCCCGGCGCCCCCGGAUUCUCAGUUCUCCCGAGAAUAUUAUAUUCUCUCCCGCACAUUACGCCCAAGAUUUGGGGCGGAUACUUUGUUAUGAGCACUAUUAACGCAUCCAUCGUUCGCCGAUCCUGGGGUCUACGAUACUACCGAGCCCCCGAGGCCAAACGUCCAACGUUUUCGUACACAGAAUUUACAACCAUCAAUGGCACGAUGGCUCUACUUCCUCCUUUCCGGUGGCUAGUUAAGAACGUAUUGCCAAAAAGUGGAGAAGGCCCGUCCCCUGAUAAGUUGGACAAGGGAUACUUUGGAGUUGUGAAUGUUGCCGAGGGGGGAGAUGUCGUGGUAAAAGCGACUCUUGAUGGGGAUGGGGAUCCUGGGUACAGACUUACCUCUAUUAUGAUUGUGGAAAGUGCUCUGCUGUUGUUAGACUCUGAGAACUUGACGGAGAUUGGAAAGGAAGGAGGGGUUUUGACGCCUAGCGUUGCAUACGGCGAUGCGCUUCUCAAGGCGCUGGAAGGGACUGGAAGGUUUAAGAUUGGAGUGGAAGUUCUCGAAGACAAAAAGACGCGCUGA